UGCUUUAAUAGCAAUUUGGUGAUAGAUUUGUCGAUAUUGUGGCCCCACUAUUUCCAAUUGAAACAAUUAUUGUAUUACCAUUAACUAUUUUCAAAAAUGUCGUUUAAGGGCCUCAAGAAAACGAUCGUCCGGGCUCCCCAGAACUUCCGUCAAAAGAUGAAUAUGGGAGACAUCACAAGCGAUGCUGUCUACCAGGAUGCUGAACGAAGAUUCAAAGAAUUGGAGAUGGAAACCAAGAAAUUGAGUGACGAGUCUAAGCGGUACUUUCUGGCCGUUAAUGGGAUGUUGGACUACCAGAUAGAUUUUUCCAAGGCCAUUGAGGAAAUCUACAAACCCAUUAGUGGUCGGUUGUCGGACCCAAACUCUACUGUCCCCGAGGAUAAUCCCGAGGGUAUCCAGGCCGCCGACCAAUACAGAGAAGUAGUUAAAGAGUUGAAGGAAACAUUGAAGCCAGACUUGGAACUUAUUGAAAAGCGUAUUGUUGGUCCGGCCCAGGAGCUUUUGAAGGUGAUCCAGUCCAUCAGAAAGAUGGCUGUUAAACGUGACCACAAGCAGGUGGAUUUGGAUCGUCACAAGAGAACUCACAAGAAGUACGAGGAUAAGAAGGAAAGAACUGCCAAGGACGAAGAAAAGAUGUAUAAUGCAGAGGCGGAAGUGUCUAUUGCUCAGCAGGAAUACGAUUACUACAAUGAUAUGUUGAAGACCGAGUUGCCCAUCUUGUUCCAGAUGCAGGCGGACUUCAUCAGACCGCUAUUUGUCAGUUUCUACUACAUGCAAUUGAACAUAUUCUAUACGUUGUACAACCGUAUGGAGGAGUUGAAAAUUCCCUACUUUGACUUAUCCACUGAUAUCGUAGAGGCCUACAAUUUCAAAAAGGGCAACAUCGAGGAACAGACCGAUGCUAUAGGUAUAACCCACUUUAAGGUGGGCCACGCCAAGUCCAAAUUGGAAGCUACUAAAAGACGCCAUGCAUUGAAUAGUCCUCCUCCAGGAGGGGUUCCUGGUGCUCCAGGAUACGGGGAACAGUUACCAGGAUAUACUGCUGGUCAAUACGGCCAACAGGAGCCUCAGUAUGGAGACUAUAAAAAUGCGCUGGGUGCUUACCAACCUCCAGCAGCCCCUGGAGCUUAUGGUGCUUAUGGCCAACCUCCGGCUGGUACUACAGCCCCCGUUACUCCUGCUUAUGGAGCGUAUGGCCAGCAGACCCCUGCAAGUACUGGGACCUCAUCCUAUGGAGGUCAGACUUGUACAGCAUUAUAUGAUUACACAGCACAAGCUCAGGGCGAUUUGACUUUCCCAGCUGGUGCUGUGAUUGAAGUAGUGGAGAAGACUGCUGAUGCUAACGGCUGGUGGACUGGUAGAUACAAUGGUCAAACCGGUGUUUUCCCAGGAAAUUAUGUGCAGUUGGGUUAG